AUGUCUAUUCAGCCCACGUUCCCUUCUACGGGGGAAAGCUACAUCCUCCCACAACCACAGAAACCGUCGCUCCUCUUUGGCCCAACAGAUCCGCCGUUAGUUGACCUCACCCUUGGUGAGCUUCUCAACCUCCAAUGCCUGGAUCACGGCACGCGGGAAGCGCUGGUAAUUCCCUGGACUGGUGCAAGAUGGACAUACAACGAGCUCAAUCACCACAGCCGACUACUGGCAGCCGCCCUAUUAGAAAUGGGCAUUGGUGUGGGUGACCGGGUGGGCAUCAUGGCUGGAAACUGCGAGCAAUAUGCGUCUGUAUUCUUUGCUGCGACUAGGAUAGGGGCUAUUUUGGUGAUUCUCAACAACACAUACACUCCCACUGAGGCGCAGUAUGGUCUUGACUUCUCCGAAUGCAAAAUAUUCUUCACCACCAAGCAAAUAGGGCGCCUGGAUCAAAGAUUACUCUUAGCCCAGCUCUCGGCACGGACGAAAGGACCGAAAGUGGUGAUCCUCCGAGACGACUCGGAUGGAUACACACCGUAUCAAGAUUUGUUAACACAAGGAUCCCGAGUUGAUCCCGAGGUGCUUCAUCAGGCCGAGGCCAAGGUCCUCCCUCAUCUAGUGUGCAACCUCCAGUUUACAAGUGGCACUACGGGCCUCCCUAAAGCUGCCAUGCUCACACACCAUAACAUUGUGAAUAACGCCCGUUUCAUCGGCGACCGCAUGAGGCUCGGCCCGGCCGAUGUCCUCUGUUGCCCACCACCCCUUUUCCACUGUUUCGGCCUCGUUCUCGGCCUGCUCUCCGUCCUCACCCACGGCGCCAAGAUUGUCUACCCGGCCGAAGUCUUCGACGCGCCCUCCACGCUCCGCGCGAUCGUCAGCGAACAAUGCACCGCGGUGCACGGCGUGCCCGCCAUGUUCGACAGCUUGCUGGCCCUCCCCGAGGCACGCCACCUGCGCGCGGCCGACCUCCGAUUACGCACCGGCAUCAUCGCCGGGGCGCCCGUGCCACGGCACUUGAUGGAACAGCUGGUCUCCCGCCUAGGCAUGACCGAGUUCACAUCCAGCUACGGCUUAACCGAGGCAUCACCAACCUGCUUCAACGCCUUCACCGACGACCCCAUCACCACACGGCUCACCACCGUGGGCACACUAAUGCCCCACGCCAUGGCCAAAAUCGUCGACCGCGAGGGGAAUACGGUCCCAAUCGGCACGCGCGGCGAGCUCUGCAUGGGAGGCUACCAGUUGCAAGCGGGCUACUGGAACAACUCAGAGAAGACCAACGAGGUCAUGGUCCGCGACGAGAGCGGCGUGCUGUGGCUGCACACCGGCGACGAGGCGGUCUUUGAUGAGCGGGGCUACUGCUCCAUCACGGGGCGUUUCAAGGACAUCAUCAUCCGCGGCGGGGAGAACAUCUACCCGUUGGAGAUUGAGGAACGGCUCGUGGCACAUCCGGCGGUCGGCAUGGCCGUGGUGGUGGGGCUAAAGGAUCUGCAUUAUGGGGAGGUCGUGGGUGCGUUCCUGGAUCUUGAGGGGGGGCAUAAGCGGACACACCGGCCCGAUCGAGAGGAGGUUAGGGAGUGGGUGCGGAAGAAGCUGGGGAAACACAAGGCGCCGACGCAUGUGUUUUGGCUUGGGGAGGACGGUGUGCCGAAGGGGGUGCCUCUGACGGGGAGUGGGAAAGUACGCAAGUUUGAGAUGGCACAGUUGGGGAAUAGGUUAUUGGAGGCCAAAGCCAGGCUUUGA